AUGGAGAAAACCCUACUUAAAAAAGGCGAGCUUAAAUCAGCAUACGAUGGUGUCCUGGAAGAAUAUCUCGAUUUAGAUCAUAUGGAAAAAGUAAAUCCAUAUGAGAACAUAACCAAAGCAACCCCGGUGUUAAAAACACAAACAUAUGUGGAUGAUAUCCUGUCUGGAAGCCACAGCUUACCCCAAGCGUACGAAGCACUAUCACAAGUAAUACAAGCCCUCAAGUCAGCAGGGUUCCCCCUAAAAAAGAUAACCGCCAAUCACGCCGAAAUCCUAAAAGAUAUAAAUAAAGAAAGUUUAUUAGAUUCAAACUUCCUAAUAUUCGAAAAGGAAAGUAAAACCCUAGGCAUACAAUGGAAUGCGAUCUCAGAUAAAUUCUCAUAUACUCUUGAGUCGAUAUUUGCUCAAUCCGCAAUAACUAAAAGGCAAAUUCUGUCGGCUGUAGCCAAACUUUUUGACCCCGCAGGAUGGCUUUCGCCAGUUAUGAUACAAGCGAAAAUCCUGAUACAAAAAUUAUGGCUAGACGGAACCGAAUGGGACGAGCAAGUGAAACCACUUCGCUUGGUAAAAUGGUCCCAAUUUGCUAACAACUUGCACGCUAUUGCAGAGAUACAAAUCCCUAGAUGGGUAAAUUACUCCCCCGAAUACCAAGUAGAACUGCAUGGCUUCUGCGACGCCUCUGAAAAGGCAUAUUGCGCAACUAUAUAUGUGCGCACCCAAAUUAACAGCACAAUUUCAAGCCAUUUGUUAGUAGCAAAAGCCAAAGUGGCACCUCUCAAAACACUAAGUCUACCACGACUUGAACUGUGUGGCGCGCUUCUACUCGCAAAAUUAGCCUCAACUGUGCAAACGCAUUUAAACAUGACCAGUCAAAAAUUAUAUCUAUGGUCAGACACAGAGAUCGUCUUAGCUUGGUUAGAAAAACCACCCCACUCAUGGAAAACAUAUGUUUCCAACCGCACAGCCCAAAUACUUGAUUUAGUUGGGCCGGUAACUUGGCGACAUGUAGCCAGUGCUGAUAACCCCGCCGAUCUUGGCACAAGAGGUUGCAAACCCUUGCACCUCGCCACCACCUCACUCUGGUGGAACGGCCCCAGUUGGCUACUAGAAUCACAACAAUUCUGGCCACAAUCCCCCAUACGCAACAUAAUUGCCCCAGAAAGUCGAAAAGUUGAAACCUUUCACACAAUACUGGAUGACAAUGACAUACUAGAACGAUUUUCCUCGUUCCCCCGUGCCCUAAAGGUAGUCGCCUAUAUGUUCAAAUUCGUAUAG